AUACUGUCAAGUUCAAAUUUCAAACACUUUUAAAAUAAAAUUAAAAAAUAUUUUUAACAUUAGAUAUUAAGAACAUCUGGUAAAGUCAAAUUAUAAUUUUCAUUUCUUGUUUCAUGAUGAAUAUAGAGUGAAAGAAAAAUGAUGCCAAAAAAAUCCAACGUUGGAUAUGAUUCUGGGAUGAAGAUUUUCGGAGUAUUACUGCAGAUAAUGGAAACAACCUCUUCUAACUCAUGGGUUCGGAAUGAGUUCUUGUUUGUGCACCAUACUUUGAGUAAUUAGUACUUUUGGAGUUUAGAAUAUUGCCAGUUUCUAAAUUAUGCCGAAGAAUAAAGGAAAGGGAGGUAAGAAUCGUAGGAGAGGAAAGAAUGAAAAUGAGACAGAAAAAAGAGAGUUAGUCUUCAAAGAAGACGGGCAAGAAUAUGCCCAAGUCACCAAGAUGCUUGGCAAUGGCCGACUUGAAGCAAUGUGCUUUGAUGGUGUAAAAAGGUUGUGUCAUAUUCGUGGAAAGCUAAGAAAAAAGGUGUGGAUCAAUCAAGGUGAUAUCAUUUUAAUAGGAUUGCGAGAUUACCAAGACACAAAAGCCGAUGUAAUUCAAAAAUAUACACCUGAUGAAGCUAGAAACCUUAAGACCUAUGGAGAAUUUCCUGAAACAGUUCGUAUUAACGACACUGUUACGUUCUUGGAAGAAGGUUUCGAUGAAGAUAUCGAGUUCGGCUACGAAGUUAGUGAUGAAGGAGAGGAUAAUACUGUAGAUAAUAUAUGAUACUCCGACAUCACGAGUCUAAACAUUUUCCUCAAGUUUACAUCUCGAACUCCAUAAAACCCUUCCUGAAAUAUAUUUAAUGUUGAAAUAUUAGUUUUUGACAUUACUCAUCAUAUAAUAAUGAGAUUCACAAAUUCUUUCUUUUUUUUUUAAUUCUGUUAAAAUUACUGUAAAAUUUAUAUAAAAAAAUUGUUUUAGUUAUUAAUACAAUUAUGAAAGGAAUAAAUACUUGAGAAGAAAUUGUUGUGUGGAGUGAUUUCUUUUUUUUUUUUUUUAAUGAAUUUUUUCUUCGAAUUAGUUCCAUUUUAUAUUUUAUCCCGCAUAAUAUUUAUUUUUUUAUUGAUUGUAUAUUAGAUUAUAUUGUAAUAAGUUUUUUGCUUGUUUCUUUAUAUUGUAUAAAUUGUGUUUAUUACUAUUUUGAUUAUAUGUUAACCAUUAGCAUUUGAACUUAUGUGAUUCAUAGUUUAUUGUACCAUUUAUUUAUUUCAUUUUAUUAUGAUUAACUAAAACAAUUCUUGUGUAUAAUGGCCAGUAUUAUUAAGGAAACAAAUCUUAUUAUGAUCGUCAAGUGUUCAUAUUAAAUAUUUGUUUAUAAGCUAUAUAAACAUUUUUCAUAAAAAAGAGAACAUUUAUCAUAGGGAUUUGUGUUAGGGAGGGUUAGCUAUAACUAAUUUAUUCCCGACCCUUUUCAAAAUCUAUUAGUAUGUUAAGAAUUAGUGUAUUCUAUUUAUUAUUAGGGCCAUUAUCGUCAAGUACUAAGUACUAAUAGUUUAAUGGCUAUGAAUCUUUUAGCAGGUUGCCAAAUGUAAGUGUGUUUGUUUGCGAACAUCCAUAACUUCAUUUUUGCGUUCGUUGGUGCAUGAUUUAUUUUUCAGUAGUCCUUAAUUUGUAAAAUUUAAACGACAUUCAGAUGAGAAAUAUCAAUAAUGAUUUUUCUUCAUAAUACUGGCCAUCUAUAAAAAUAUUUGGUUAUUUGUAUCGUCACGCAUAAAUUUCAUUAAAAAUUAGGGGUUUUGUUGUUAUUAACUUUUAUAUUGUUUUAUUUCUUUUAAGCAGAACACGAUGAGGGAUCUGUUCAUUUUUAGGGCCUUUUGAAUAUUUAAUGGAUGUUUUUUGAGCAGUUGAACAAAUAUAAGGAUUUCGAUAAAAACAUGUUAGUGGUAUUUACUGAUUCUUUAUUUUCAUUUCAUAUCAUGAUAUUUCUACGCAAGAUAUUCUUUUCAGAAUAUUAAAUAAUAUUACCAAAGAAAUGAUACUUUGUAAAAUUGUUGUCUUUAACUCGAUAAAGUUGUUUUG